AGGGGUGGAGACGAGGCUUAACAAAACACCUGGCAGAAUCCUGGCAGUCCUGGAGAGAAGGCAGUAUCCGAACCCAGGGCCAAAGUCACUGUGCAAAUAGCGGAUACGUGCUGCAUGCCCCAGGCCAAAGCUGCAUGAAAAGACGUGUCAGUCCUUUGGGCUUUGGAUGUGCCCAGAUCAGUGCUCUGUGAGACAGGCCACCGACCUCAGCCUGCCCAGCCUCUGACUCACCCCACUAAGCGGCCAAAUGGCUGGAAUCCUACACCACCCCCAAGCUCUUUCCUCUCCUCUGGUGAUUGCUUGGAAAUCCCUACCCAAGACAAGCAGAAGGCUCACUGAGAGUCACUAGAAGGGAGCCCAGACUUGGAAUUGCCUUAGGAGGUGCACACAGUAUUCCCGAUACUAGGCUGGGUGACAGCUACCUCUUCCAGGGUCCUGCUUCUCUUGGGACAACCAUGGCUCCGAAACGAAAGUCUUCAGGGCAGACUGAAGGCCAGAAGAAGAAAGGGCGACAGGGAACAGGGGAGAAGGAUAGCUUCGGAUCCACCGCUGAGGCUCUCAGAGCUGCUCCUGAAGAUAAGCGCAUCAUACGUGUAGACCCUACAUGUCCACUCAGCCACAACCCUGAGACCCAGGUACAUGAGGACUAUGACUGUACCCUGAACCAGACCAACAUCAAAAACAACAACAACAAAUUCUACAUCAUCCAGCUGCUAGAAGACAACAGCCGCUUCUCCUGCUGGAACCGAUGGGGCCGUGUGGGAGAGGUGGGUCAGACCAAGAUCAACCACUUCGCCUCCCUGGAUGCUGCCAAGAAGGACUUUGAGAAGAAAUUUUGGGAGAAAACUAAGAACAAGUGGGCAGAGCGGGACCACUUUGUAGCCCACCCCGGCAAGUACACGCUUAUCGAAGUGCAGGGAGAAGCUGAGGCCCAAGAAGCUGUAGUGAAGGUGGACGGAGGUACAGUGAGGACCGUGGUUAAGCCCUGCUCCCUGGAUUCCGCCACCCAGAAGCUCAUCAGCAAUAUCUUCAGCAAGACAAUGUUCAAGAAUGCCAUGGCCCUCAUGAACCUGGAUGUGAAGAAGAUGCCCCUGGGAAAGUUGAGCAAACAGCAGAUUGCACGGGGUUUUGAAGCCUUAGAGGCUUUGGAGGAAGCCCUAAAAACCCCCACAGGUGGUGGCCAGACCCUGGAGGAGUUGUCCUCCCACUUCUAUACUGUCAUCCCACACAACUUUGGCCGCAGCCGGCCCCCACCCAUCAACUCCCCCAAGAUUCUGCAGGCCAAAAAGGACAUGAUGCUGGUGUUGGCAGACAUCGAGCUGGCCCAGACACUGCAGGCAGCUCCUAGAGAGGAGGAGAAAGUGAAGGAGAUGCCACACCCACUGGACCGAGAUUACCAGCUCCUCAAGUGCCAGCUUCAGCUGCUGGACACUGGGGGGCCAGAGUACAAGGCAAUACAGACCUACCUGGAACAGACUGGCAACAACUACAGAUGCCCAACUCUACAACAUGUUUGGAAAGUGAACCGAGAAGGGGAGGGAGACAGGUUCCAGGCCCACUCCAAACUGGGAAAUCGAAGGCUGCUGUGGCAUGGCACUAAUGUGGCUGUGGUGGCUGCCAUCCUCACCAGCGGGCUCCGAAUCAUGCCGCACUCUGGUGGCCGUGUUGGAAAGGGCAUCUACUUUGCCUCGGAGAACAGCAAGUCAGCUGGCUAUGUUACUACCAUGCACUGUGGGGGCCACCAGGUGGGCUACAUGUUCCUGGGUGAGGUGGCCCUGGGCAAAGAGUACCACAUCACCAUUGAUGACCCCAGCUUGAAGAGACCACCAUCUGGCUUCGACAGUGUCAUCGCUCGAGGCCAAACAGAGCCCGAUCCCACCCAGGACAUUGAACUAGAGAUGGAUGGGCAACAAGUAGUGGUACCCCAGGGCCAGCCCAUGCCAUGCCCAGAGUUCAAGAGCUCUAACUUCUACCAGAGCGAGUACCUCAUCUACCAGGAGAGCCAGUGUCGCCUGCGCUACCUACUGGAGGUCCACCUAUGAGCUGCCUGCCCUCCCCAGGUCCUAUUAGGCUGGACCAUGAUCUUCCCUCUCCUGUCUCUGGAACUCCCACAUCACUCCUUUUCACUCCUAAGAAUAUAAUACAUACCAGGCAGAUUGGCAUAAAUCACCUCAGGAGGCCAAGAGAAGAAAAACACUUGAACCUGGGAGUUGAAGGCCAACCAGGGCUACAUAGUAAGACGUAUCUCAAGGAAAAAAAAUCUAGCCUAGUGUAGUGGCACACACCUUUAAUCCAAGCACU